AUGGCCGCCAAAGCUAAAGCCCAGGAGAUCAUCGACAACAAUGCUGUUGCCGUCUUCUCCAAAUCCUACUGCCCUUACUGCAAGGCCACCAAGUCCUUGUUGAGCGAGCAGGGCGCCAAGGCCUUUAUCAUCGAGCUCGACCAAGUCGAUGACGGUGCCGCCAUUCAGGACGCCCUCGAGGAGAUCACCAAGCAGCGAUCGGUGCCCAACAUCUUCAUCAACCACAAGCACAUUGGUGGAAACUCGGACCUGCAGGCCAAGAAGUCGGAGCUGCCCAACUUGCUCAAGGAGGCCGGUGCUCUAUAG